AUGGAUCCCGAGAAAAGGGCACUAGUGAUUGAAAGUGCAGGAUAUUUAUGUUACGACAUAAUGAUUGUCGAGAGCCUACGAGAUCAUGAAGAUGCGAAGGUAGCCAAGGGAGCGAAACAGGCUGCUGAAAAUUGCAUAAAAAAACGUUUAAAGGAGAUGAAACAUUCACCUGUUGAAGAAAUCUUAUAUGUACCACUGUCGCAAGAAGAAGCCAUAGAAGAUAUAAAAUAUGCAAAAUUGUUCGAGGAAGCAAAGGAGGCCGCCGAAGAUUACAAAGAGAUGAAGUUUGAUAAGGAAAACCAUCAGCUAUCAAAGAACCCUUAG